AUGUAUAGUAAAAUUGGGGUCAAGGACGUCACCAGACAGCAGGCUUCAGAAAUCCUCACCUCUCCCCAGCGAUGCCCCCACCCCCCAAGGUCCUACAUGUGUGGCAUUGUGAUGGAGCAGGCAAAUGGAGGUGUCUGGGGAUGGGUCCCAAGACCCUCCAGAGUGCCAGAGGCCCCAGGAAGGGCCAGACACCUGGGCACACACCGGCCCAAACUCCAGCGACAUACUCCACAGAACCCAAGCCCCCAAGGCAAUGCUAGGACACCCGCCCAAGGACGACACACCCUAGGAACCAAGAGCCCCGGACCCAACCCAGACCCACCCAAUGGCAGCCCAGCUGCCUGGCCAGUAACCCACGUCCACCAUCGCAGAACCCCCCAAGAGCAGUGCAAGCGGCUUUUGGAGACUGCCCUUGGGACACCCAAGCCCCGCCCAGGCGGGGGCCACAGUUCCCAGCAUCCGGACCCACCAGACACCCCACUUCAGGCACCCCCUGAAUCAGCCACCAUGCCCUACAGGACACAUCCCACAGCCCCCCACUCCCGCUAA